GUAACGUGUACAUCAAUUAAAAGGGCCGCCUGGAAGGAAUGCGUAGUGGUGGCUGAAAGCUCCAGUCUCAGGUCACCUCCCUCCACUCCAGGAACAAAAGCAUCUGUGGUCUGUGCCUGGCAGUCUGAGAUGGUCUCCCCGAUGGGGCUAUUCCCGCCUGGACCCUGAGGGACGAGAGUUGCAGCCUAGGAAAACCAGGUGCCAGGCCCUGCGGGGUCCUACGCCGGCGGCGUGGUCUUCCCCAAGCCUCCUUCUCUAGAGACCGGGUUCCCAAGGGACGCUGUGGCGGGAUGGAUGGGCUGAGCCGGCCUUCGGGGCCCGGCGCGGGCAGAGGCGCCGCGGAGACUACGCCUCCGACGGCAGGGGGCGCUCGUAGCACGCGCAGUGCCCGGUGCGGGCGCCCGGGACGGCUGCCUGGCCCCGGGUUCCCCCGCGCGGGACCUGCCGGGGUCUGGUCCCCCAGCCUGAGAGCCCCCGUCUGGGUGGACCAAGCGGCCUCCGGGCGUCCACAUCGUCCCUUCUUCUACCUACGCAUGCGGGGAAGCGGCGGGGAGCCUGCGGAGGGCGGCCUGGGAGCAGAGACCACCCGGUCACCAGUGCACGCGUCCGGGCGCCCACCCACUCUCGAGGACCCGCAGUUCCCGGCGGCGUCGGCCCUCAGGCCCUCAGGGGAGGCCAGCGGCACCGAGCCAGGUCCUGGGCCAGGUGGAGCUCCCCCUGAAGCUGGUAUCCUACCUGCCCUCGCCUCCCCACUCCAGCCCACAGUCCAGCUUUCAGGGCUGAACCCAGAGCCCAGAGGAUGGAGAAGCCAGAAAGCGGGGAGGCUGCAAGUACGUGAGGUGUCAGAAAAGAAGCCGAAGGGUUCCUGUGGGGGCUCUUUUGCCAAAUGAGUCAAGAGAUGUGCGGAAGAGGAUGAUUGAAGCACCCCCUGGAGUAGCAGAAAGGGGCAUCAAAAACUGUAACCUGAAAAUAAAAACUUUAACCUGUUCCCCCAAA